CCGUCCCCUCUUCAAGAAUGUUGGUUGAGCAUCCUUUUCGAAGUACCAGCUUGACUCAUUGCAUUCUCGUUCUUCGGUAGAACUAGAGUGACCGAGUUCGUCAAGGCUAUACACAAUUCAACUUGAUUUCGACUAGUUUUGCGAACUUUUGGCUGCAAAUUCGGUUCUCGUCGUGUCACAUGCUCGGUUAAGUGCAAUUUUCUUUUUUGUUUUGGAUUAAUUGUGCACAGUGACCUAGAUAGAUACUCAUAGAAUUGGUUUGGUGACUGUGAAACAACAGAGUGCCGGACUCUAGUGGACUUUGAUUGAGCAGCGACUCAAGUCACUGUGGUUAACAUCAGUUCGACUCAACUGCUCUGUGGCGAAAACCAUAUAAUGGAUAUGAACUAUAUGAAUCAACGUUGCAAAGUGUGUGGCGAACCAGCAGCGGGCUUCCACUUCGGAGCUUUUACAUGUGAAGGUUGCAAAUCGUUUUUUGGGCGAUCCUACAACAACGUCAACGCUGUGAACGAAUGCAAGAACGGCAACAGUUGUGUGAUCAAUAAGAAAACUCGGACUUCCUGCAAGGCGUGUCGCCUUCGGAAGUGCAUAGUAGUUGGAAUGUCGAAAAGCGGUUCCAGAUAUGGCAGACGAUCCAACUGGUUCAAGAUCCACUGCCUUCUUCAGGAGCAUCAGCAGCAGCGACAAAUGCCGAAGUUGGAAAAUGGUGGCCAGGAAGAAUGCCACCAGGAGCAUUUGGCAAACCGGAUUCCGGCUCCAAAUCCUGGAAAUCCUCAACCGCUUGGACUUGGCUUUCUGGCGUCCAGCGCCUACGGGCCUUCGAUUCUCGACUUGAAUAGAACGCGAGAUGAAUUGAGGCUUUUAAGAAGGGACUCAGAGUCGCUCAGGCACUCAACUUCACCGUCCAUCAGCAGUCCCGAGUCCCACAAUUCGGACUCCUCGAUUGAACUAUCCGAUGCACGAAGAUUGCCGAUGAUGCAACGACUCAUCCCACCCAACUUCAUUCCCCAUCCGAAUUUCAUGUUUUCUCCCGGUUACUCGCACUUUUACCCUGGUCUUUUUCCGUCCUCGCCCCUAUACUUGAACAACAACAACAACAACAACAACAACGAGAACCUUCUGGGAAAUCAUGCACCGAUUCUGGAAAGCAUGAUGAAGAGAGAGUAUUUGGAUGCGGUGCUGCAGAAGCAGCGCGGUUCCUCACCACCUUCAUCACCUUCAGAACAGGAGGUCGAGGUUAAGACACCAGUGCCCACUCCCAGCAGGAGUCCUGUGGAAGAAGGCCCCAUAGAUCUGAGCAUGAGACCUACCAGUGAACGAGGUUCUUCGCCUGCGCGCUCAGAACGAUCAACAACGUUAUCCGAAAGGAGUCAUGGAAGCGCUGGAGAUUCAAGUGAUACAGACUCCUCAAGAAGGGACAGUGGAGCGAACCGGUCGCCGCUUGAUCUGACCAGAAGAAAUCAACGAAACCAAUAAACGCCCAAUUAGUAUCAGUGAAAUUUAUGUACUGUAUACAGGCUGUUCUUUACGUGAAUCGCCAGACUUCAGCAGGUGAUAUUAAGCAGGAAAGUCUGGAAUUAUUCCUUUUCAAUAUACUGGGUUAAAUAAUAAAGUAUUCGACAUUUUAUUUUUAUAUAAUCAGGUAUCCUUGUACCAGACAUAUACUUGAAACAAAAUGGUUUUUAUUUUUGAUCUCCAAAACGAAGCGUGAUAUGAAAAGGGAUCAAAAGACAAAAAAGCGGUAUUGAAUGCUGGGAAAUCCGAAAACAGUGGAUUUUUCGACGACAAAUUAAUGAAGUUAUUUACGAAAACCAUUUUUAUUGCAAAAAAGUGACCUCCUGAACUUCGGCCACGCACUUAAACAACAGCCUGCGUAUAAUGAAAAAAGUUGUAGAUAAGUUGUUAGCCGUAAGUGCGUGUACAUACAGUUAUUUUAUACAAAUUCGUAGUUUUAAUCUUAGUGAUAUUAGAGUUAAAGCAAAUUGAGUGGCCAGUAGACCCAUACCCACACACACACACAGUCUAAGUUCUCCAGUUAUUAUUUUUGUUAUUAUUUUCUUUGUUUCUUAAUUGUAGUUAUGUUUUUUUCUUAUUUGUAAAUAUUCAUUGUAUAAAUAAUCCUAUUGCUAUUUGUACUUAAUUUAUUCGCAAUGCUUUGUACACUUUUUAGGAGUUGGUGCAGUGCAAUUUGUUGUAGCCCCAGCAUUCACCUAAGGCUAAAGGGCAUUGUUUUCCAUUUAUCUAGUUAGGCAAUAAACGUGAUUAUUUUUAUACAAAUUACUAUGAAAGUAUGCGUAAAUGAUCUUUAAUAGUGGCUGGCGUAUCAGUUGAAUAGUGAUGUUUAGCUGAUUUGUCAGGCGCAGUUAAUGUCGGGGACCAGGGCCAGUUUAUGUUCGAUGAUGGUUGAAUGUGUGAGAUUUUGUCACCUUUUUGAACUAUGUUUGAAUAAAGAAAUUGAACAUUUG